AACCAGAAAAGUACAUCCAUCAUGAUGGAAAGCAUUGGUAGCUCGGAAAUUGAUAAUGAUGAAUAUUGGCCACUUUCUGGAAAAUUGUACGUUGAUAUAAUUCUCACUAAGAGCGCCUUCAAACCUACCUACAAUUUAUACUUACCCAAGAAAAUGAACAAAGAGCUUCCUUCUGCUGGAGUCCCUGUAGUUCUUACUUGUGGUCGAAAGAAGUGGAAUUUGUUUUACGGUGGAGCCAAAUCUACUUAUAAAUUUAUUAGCACGGGAUGGAGAAAAUUUGUGGAUGGUAACAAUUUGAGGGAAGGGGAUGGACUUGUGUUUGAACUGUCAGAGUGCAGCACUAGCAAGAUUGAAUUCAGAGUUCAGAUUCUUAGAGGUGAUUUUCCAGCUGAAUUGAUUCCUGGAGAUGUGGAGGGUACAAACAGUGACAACCCAAUAAUACUUGGUUAA